AUGCUGCUUGUUUCGUCCGGUUUUCACGUCCUCCCGUUUUACCACUCCGUUUUCGUAACUAAAAAUCAUCCAUCCCAGGGGUCACUGCCUGAGGACGCAACAGAGUCUAAGAAGCCUCGGAGAUCGGACCGUCUAUCUUCGCAAACUGCUGGGGCCGUCGGCGCCGACAAGACGCCUGUGAUUAACAAGCAGCAUCUGCCGUCUCCCGUUACCUACGCCGCCGCCGAGGAAUCAAACGAUGCCUACAAGGAGGCUACUCCUAGCCCAUCUGCAGGCAAGCACCACGACGUCACUCCGCGGAAGACGGACGAAGCCUUCCCCCAGAGCCAGGCCUUGUCAUCACCGCCCCAAGACACCCAGCCAUUGAGCCAAUUUGUCGACCGACACCCUGCGCUUUCCGAUGACGUUGAGGAUGAGGUCAAGGAAGGCGUCUGGGGAUACUUGGUGCCUCUAGACUCAAAAUACGGAGAUAGGCCAUUGGUACUGAAGAGACGAAACGCAUGCCCACAGUCUGAUACUGUCGACGCAGCUGUGAAUGGUGAAAAAACACCUGUGGACACCAAAAAACCUGCCGCCAUCAGAGCUGAAGAAGCUUUUGAACGCAAAAAUGCAAAGGGAGCAGCUUCGGGUGGCUAUUUGAUUGGCCGACAUCCCGAAUGCGUUAACGAAGGCGUCGUUUCAAACCGCCACUGUCUCUUGUUCACGGAGAACAAAGGGACAGACACCGUCGCUAUCGUCGAGGAUCUUUCCAGCAAUGGCACCUAUGUCAACGAGGCCAUUGUUGGCCGUAAUCAACGCCGGGAACUCGAGGAUCAGGAUGAGAUUGCAGUGCAUGGCAAGGCCAGAUUCAUUUUCAGAUACCCUCAGAGCCGACAUACGAGCGCUUUCUUGCAACAGUAUAAAAUAGUGAAGUACCUCGGUAAGGGCCAUUUUGCUGAGGUCUACCUCUGUAUCGAAAAGUCUACAGGUCAACGCUACGCCGUCAAAAUUUUCACUAAGCCUCCUGGCAUGGAGGACAAAUCUAAAACCGAGGGUCUCCAGCAAGAAAUUGGUGUCUUGAUGGGUGUCAGCCAUCCAAAUGUAUUGUGUCUGAAAGAUACGUUCAAAGAGUCUGAUCAAGUGUACCUCGUCUUGGAGCUGGCCUCGGAGGGCGAUCUUUUUCAAUUCAUUAUAGAUAAGAAAAAGCUCACCGAGGAUGAGACGAGAAAACUGUUCCUCCAACUCUUCCAGGGCAUCAAGUAUCUCCAUGAGCGAAAUAUCGUGCACAGAGACAUCAAGCCGGAAAAUAUUUUGCUUGCCGACAGGAACCUGCAUGUCAAGUUGGCCGACUUUGGCCUCGCUAAAAUUAUCGGCGAAGAAUCAUUUACAACGACUCUUUGUGGAACUCCCAGCUACGUCGCCCCCGAAAUCAUUGCAGACUCUAAGCAACGCAAAUACACGAAAGCUGUCGACAUUUGGUCGCUUGGCGUCGUGCUGUACAUUUGCCUUUGUGGUUUCCCUCCCUUCUCGGAAGAGCUUUACUCCCGUGAUUUCCCCUUCACCCUCUCACAACAGAUUCGAAGUGGUCGGUUUGACUACCCAUCCCCAUACUGGGACUCUGUCGGUGACCCUGCUCUUGACCUGAUUGACUCUAUGUUGAUCGUAGAUCCAGCACGCAGAUUCACUGUGGAUCAGUGUCUUGCCCACCCCUGGAUGACCCAGAGUAGCCCGGGCGUUAAUGACAGCACAGGCGGCCUUGUUGGAGGAAUCGCUGGGCUGGAGGUUAACCGUCGUGCGCCAGCCCGACAAAGAACUUUGCUGGCAACGCUUAACUCUGCUCAAGCCACCAAUCGUGUUGCGGUGGGCGAUGAAACGGCACCGGUAAAGACAUCUUCCAAGAACCAGCAGCGAAUAAUAAACGCUGCAAAAGAGAAGGCACCAGAUCAUGAUCGAGCUACCGGAGAAUUCAUGGAGAUGGGAGGUAAGGGCGAUCAGCAGUUAUUUGAUGACGACCCUGGACGCAUUUACGUGACGGGACAGGCAGCGACGAAGACAGGUCAGAGGGGCAAGGCUCACGACAAUUAA